CUUUCUAAGUUCCGCUAUGGCUGGCUGCAAGCUGUUACGAUAUUUUUGUUUGUUCCUUCUUGGAUAUGUAGGAGCAGUCACUGCUACCUGUGAGAAGAGAGAUGACUGUUCUUGUCGCAUGAGUGAUGGCAAAGUCUUGGACUUGAAGCCACUGGAUAAAAACCCAGGUCCCAGGUAAAAGUCCGUCGAUCGAACAACUUUCACUUUUUGUACUCUAAAAUUUAAUAACUUAAAAGAGUAUUAAGAGUUAAAUGACUGUUCUUGCGCUAGCGUUGCGUCAACCAACAGUUUUGAACAAUGGGCAAAGAAAUAGGAAGCUGGUCUUAUAUAAUUUUUAAACAGAACAAAACGGGGGAGGGGAGGCUUAACUUAGAGAGGUUACAAUGGAAAAUGUGUACAGGUAUUUAUAUGGCAUGAUUUGAGAUAGAUUAAGUGACAUUGUUGCAUGCAAAGGACUGCAUGCUGGAUUGACGAACUUCAUGAUUCUGUGCAUAGAAAUCAUGGUUUUUAUUGCAGUGUUUUAACAACUGUGGCCUACCCCUACCCUAACCUAACCACAAUCAACUAACAACAAGUUAGGGGUGAUGGUGGUUUAGGGGAAGGGUGGGUGGGCAGUUGCUUGGAUAAUGGCAUUGAAGCUAUGAUCCCUGUAUACUUCAGGUCUCAAAUACUUCAAACAAAUUACAAUUUGCUAGUAUUUAUGGUCAUGAUAGGGGGGAGGGGGGGGUAUUUGUGUAGAGGUAGAGUGCUGAUUUGAUUCCAGGGAAGAAAUAUUACAGGAAUGUGAAGUAUUACUUGCGGUCCAUAACACAAGGUGAUCCAAAAAAGUUUUUGGAAGGAAGGCUUCCUAACGUUAAUUUGGAAAACACAGAGUUCUUCUUUUGUUUUGUAGGAAUUUUCUUAUGGAGGGACCCAUACCCCCUCCCUUCAUUAUCUUAAGGUUACAUGCCACAUCUCAUUAGGUCAACUUCUUUCAUCAUGUGUUUAAUGUGUGAACACUGGUCAAUGCUUCUGGUUUGCAGUAAAGGGCAAGGGUGUGUUUUACAUCUAAGUAUGCAAUAACUAGUUGCUGCCUACAAUAUCAAGGAAACAAAAAUCAGCCAGUUGAAUAGUAGGAUGGGAUUCUGUCAUUGCAAGAAUUGUUGUGUCAAAUAAGACAUGAUUUAAACCUACAAAUCUUAUGGGAGGUGGCUUAGGAUCCUUCACACACCACUUCUUCUGGAUCUGCCAAUGCUGAACUUGGAAAAUUCAUGGAGCAAAAGUUUGAAUUUGUAACUAAGUGGUGUGAUGUUUUGUGAAUUUGGCUAAAAUAUGGGGGAAAGAUAUCAUCUUGUUUGACGCUUCACUGGUAGUUAUAUUUUGUACUAUGAAAGGAUAUUUGCAUGUGAAUGGACUAUAAAUCACUAAAGUAUAUAUAAUAAUGAUACAGUGAAUUAGGCAUGUGUUUUGAUUUGUCCUUAUUUGAGAUCUAUCAGAGAACAGACACAUAAAUGAUGUGACCAGUAACAACUUUUUGCUUCUUUAUUAUGUAAAACAAAUAGAUGCCAUGCUUCUGUGUUUCUGUUCAGUAAUAUAUCUUAGAAGACUUCUAGUGAGAAUAUCAGCUUUUUGUAUCAGUUCAGUGAUGAAAUGUAAAUUUAAGCUCUCUAUUAUGAUGCAGCUUCACCGGCAUGAAGGAUACAGAUGACAAGCCAAAUGUAUAUAGCUGGAACCCUUGCACAAAAUUCAAGGAGCCGGGCACUAAUUGUGAAGAUGCUUUGGUGAGUCAUUUUAAAUUUGAUUUUGGAUUAGAUAAACCAGAAUUUUGCAACUCUAGUUUAAAUUGCGUACUCCUAUGCAGUUACCUGCCGAUUAGCCAGCUUGGAAAAAGAAAAUAAAGGUAGUAGUUAAUCUGCUAAAUUAAUCUGGCCAACGGUGGCACAGAUUGACCAGAUAUCCUGUAGAAUACAAUCAAAGUUUUUGUAAUGUUCAACUGGUAACCUUUCAGUCACCUGUUGGUGGCCUAUUGAAUAGGAGUCACGACAGUCGACCAACAAUCAGUAGAGGGUAGUUGUUCUUCACAAUUACCAAUAAAUGCAUAUAUGUAGGAAGUCUGUUUUUUGAUCUUUCUGUAUUCCAGUACUAUAUAUAUCUACACCCUUUUUUCAAAAACAGUGCAGUUUGAAAAAAUAUGUAUAAUUUAUACACCUUUUGCUUUCUCAUGAAAAAGUUUCUCUUCUUAUAGUAUAUAUUAUAAAUAUAUUUAAUUAAAAAAAUAUAUAUAUUAAUUGAUUGCCAAUCAAAGUAUAGGGUGGGCAGGUAUCUACCUUCUCCCCUUGAAGAUAAUUUUAGAUUUUCGUUAAUUAAUGAUAAAAACCCUGUUUUAGGUGCACAAUUUUCUUAAACCAAAAUUUGAUGAGUGUUUGGUAUAAAUGACUGAAUGAUGAUUGAUAAAACCAGACUGUGGUAUGUUAUAAGUUUACGUUAGACUCUCCUUGCAUUUCUUAAGCUACAUUAAUUUACUUAUUAACCUGAUUUCAAAAGUGUUGCAUCUUCUUAGUGAUUCUUAAGUCCCAUUUUAUCUUUUGCCUUUCUUUACAUUUUGUUAGCUAUGCCAGGAAACGCCUUAUAAGGAUUCUUACACAGUUGCAAAGGAAGUGAGCAGCUUUGAUGAAAACAGUGAUGGUAGCAUAAAUAUAACAUACACUCCAUGUACUGUUCCGUCACAAAAAGAUUUCAUAAGGUAACUGGUCAUGACUGAGAAUUUACUUUGAGUUAGAAAUCUGAUAUUAUUUAUAGCUCCCAUUACCCAUCAAAAUAUUGUGACAUGCAAAUCAAGGAUAAGGUUAUCCUGUGAUAGCAUUUACAAAAGCCGUCAUGUGGCUUAGACUAUGCAUGUUACAUGAUUUCUUAUGAAAGAUUAAUUGAUUAUUGUAGUAUUACAUACUGAGAUUUACUCUCUGAAAAGACACAAAAUAAAUUUUCAUUCAUGACAAGAAUUUGAGAGCCAAUCAAAUUGCCCAUAUUGCCUUUUUCAUGUGUGAGGUAAACGUUACCUCUAAUCAUCUUUGACUUUAAUUUUUUUAUGACUGAAUUGUCAUUAAAGUCUGUUGGUAAUGGUGUUUGGUUUGUAUCGGAAAUCUCACUUGUUCAAUUAUUUUAUGAUACUACCUACUUGUGUGUAUUUUUUAAAAAAUAUUUACCAUAUGGGCAGACUUUCCAUAGAAUCACUGGAACACAAGUUAAAGGAAGCAAUCUUGCCAAACUUUUCCUUGAGUUGGCUUCAGCUGAAAAAAUUACAAAAAUGACAUAUUCUAUUGAUUCAGGGCACAGGUAUUCUCCAGCUGUCAUAGGGACAGCUGUUGUUAUGAUCAAGUUCAGACUUUGGUUGGGUCUUUAAUGCUGAGUUGAAAUUUCAGUCUAAAUACCUCAGCAAUAAGGUGGGAUUCAAAGUCACAGUUUAAAUUAGAACACUCUUAACCCUUUAAAUCCCAAGAUCUAAUUGUUAAUUCUCCGCUCCAGCUGCUACAUAUUUCCUUGUAACUUAGUCAUGAGAAUUUGGUGUUAGAUCAAGACAAAACCUCUACCUGAUAAGUUUGAGAAUUCUCAUUAUCUUUUUGCUGGAUAAGAAAUGGAUAUAAGGAGAAGUUACAUGUUAAUCACUCCUGGGAGUUAAAGGGUAAGGGCAAUGAGGCAGCCUUCAGUCCAUUUACGUUUAUAAAGUUAGGUAUGAAUAAUGGCAAUUAAAUGUUUUGUUUCUUCCCAGAGAAGCAAUCAUUGUGUUGAUGUGUGACCAUUCUGAAGAUAGGGGAAAGUUUAGUCAAUUCCAUGAGCACAAAAUCAUUCUUAACAAAAAGUCAUUAUAUGUAAGUACCAGGCCUAUUUGGAGUGUAUGUAUGUGCGUCUAUUGCCAAUUGAGAAAGAGGGUCACAGUCCAAGGAUUGAAAUCACAUGAUGUUUCAUUUCUGAUAUGGAGUAACAAGUCGCCAUAACUCUUUCAGCUUCGUUUGUAGUGCAUCUUUUUUUAUUUUGCUGUUUUUUGUUUUGUAAUGUUUAUCUCAGACCUCCUUGUAUUGUCCCUUCCUUUUUUUAUUCAGAUGUCUGUUUGGUUUAAACCUUUAACCUCCAAUAGUGACUAGCAUCUAAAUACGCCUCACAAAUCGUCCCUGAAUCAAACAUUGAGGUCAUGAGAGUAAAGGAAAUGACCACCAACUAAAGAGGCUCUUGAUUGUUGAAAAGAUUCUCCUCCUUGACAUCUUAGGAAAUGUUUAGAGAACAGUGUGGAGAAUAUGCAUAUUGAUGUUAGGGUGCAAAGGGUUAUAAAUAUACUGAACUGUUCUGGUUUCCUUUCUCCAUAGACAGCAACGUUUUCUACCAAAUAUGCUUGUAUCGAGAGUGGAGGAAGUGGAGGACUAAGUACUGGCAGUAUUCUUCUCAUAGUGUACGUAAGGCGACUCAGCAUCCGUAACUCAACCUUGCAGCUUAGAUCAAAUUAAAUGCAUUUAUGCAAUGAAUAAAGGGGUUAAUUCUCUAACUAAAAUGUGGUGCUGCGUCUUUGGGGAAGUGUAACAACUGAAGGUAUUGAUGACGUCAUCAUAAACAACGUUAUUGAAUUUAGGUACCAUGUUGCUAUGGAUGUUUACAUUUCAUGUAAUAGAUCAAGGAAGACGCCAAAAUGUUGUAAGAACUUCAGUAACACAUUUGGCUGGGCCUCGUGUGCCACAUUUUUGUUAUUACCAUAUUUUGACGUCGGUUUAUUACUAGACAGACAUACGGAAACACGGAAUCUCUUUGUUAAACAACCUUGUCUCCCUGGGGUGAACGGUGUUUCAAAAUGGCAUCGUUAGCAGUUUUGGAAAAAUGUUCCGUGAAUUCUGACCUUUCUGUUCAAAGGGAUUCUGAGUCAAAAUAAUUCAAUGCCGGCUUUAAGAAUAUUUAGUUUGGGGGAUCUCUAUAAGUAAUGAUGUUUGCUGUUUCUCUCGUAGGUUCUUUCCAUUGGUACUGAUCUAUUUCAUCGCAGGGUUGUUAUAUAAUAAAAUUCAUAAGGGUGUUAGCAGCUUUCCUGAAAUGAUCCCUAAUCAUUCUUUCUGGGGUGAUUUCCCAUUUUUGGUUAAGGUGAGUCUAGAGUCUAUGUUACGAUAAGUGAAAUCGUUAAAGUGUUUCCUUGUGUUGUUUUCUUUGUUUCGUUUGGGUCAUUUAAACAUAUGUUUUCUAUCAAGAGGGGUUCGACCUUCAUAACGAAAUUGCAGCCAUUUGUAUCGGAAAUUUUAUAGCCUCUUUAUUUAAAUCACUGGUAGCCCUCUAAAAAGGGCAGAGCAGUUGGACUAAAACCUCAUUUUUCUCUACGCUGAUCUUAAGUGUUGUUGACCCGUGAAGACUGAUUCGUCACUUUUUACUUUCCGUUUCCCCUUUUCUGUUACAGGAUGGCUGUGUUUUCACAUUUCAAGGAAUAGCUGGCUGUUGCAGACGUGUUUCUAUGAAAGUCAAAGGGGACUCUUAUGCUGAAAUAUAAGAUUAUAUUUUAAUUUCUUUUUCUUUUUUUUUAAUUCAGUGAUAACAUUAUGCGAAUUAUUAUGUGACUUACGCGUUGGGUAAUUUACGCUAUAAGUUAAGACUUUUUAUGCGUUGCUUUUGUGGUCUGCCUAGAAGAUUAAGUUAAGGUUAAGGCAAAAAAUGCCUUUAAACAUUUUUUUUAUAGCUCAGUGGCCCCGCUUUUGUUCAUGCUACUCCAGUCUUACGGAACUCGUUGCCGUUACCAAUCAGAUUUUGUAGCAAUCUUGCUACUUUUAAGAAUCAACUCAAAAUAUUUCUUUUCAGGAGAGCGUUCAGUACUCGUUUAUAAUGCCCAGUUUAAUGUAAUUGUUUUUGGAUAUAUGCAUAGUUUUAGCGCCAUAUAAAUGCUUAAUUAUUAUUAUUAUUUUUAUUUUUAUCAUAAUAAUUAUCAUUAUCGUAUCAUUAUUAUAAUUAUUAGUAAAAACUAAUUAGGAACCACUCAUUAUCUAUUGCGGGGGAGGAGACCGGAGACUUUUGGUUGUGUCACAACAAAAUUUGCCUUAUCCUACCUUUCCCCCCCCCCCAUAGGCUCUUUGUGAUCUAAUGAUCUCCUCUUAUUGGCAGUGACGUUUCUAUAGUCCACCCUUUACACUCUGUUCUCGACGACAGAUUGCCUCGCCGUUCCCCCUAAAAACCAUUUGAUCCCCCCUCCCCCAAAAAAAUCUAGUACCCCCCUUUUUCCGUGCGAUAAAUAAUGAUUGGUCUCUUAGGUAAGAGAGUUUGUGAACAUGGCCUACAACAAGCGUAAUACGCGCCUGCAAUGUUUUCUUUGGUCGUUUAUACGCGAGACGUGUUUAGCAUUGCCGUUGUAGUCUGCCGAACAGAUAAGUUAGUGAUCAAUUGGUAGAAAGCACGUGUCCUCUUGUAGAUAUUUUUAGAAAAAACGCUGGUUUAGUCGGAGAGCACUGAAAAAAUGAAAAACUAAAAGAAAUUUCAUGAUUUCAGUGUAUUCUAAUCAACGCCAGUGAGAUAAAUGCUUUGGACCUUUUGAUUAAAACAUUUAGCAUUUAACGCAAUUAGGGUUGUUAAUGUCGAGAUUUUUAACCGAAAUUGCUAGACUGAUUCAUGCGGUCUCUUCUUUAAAAUUAUAAUUUAAACUUCUAUAAAAAUUUUUGUAACAAAUCUAAAAUGUAGUUAAAUUCUUUCAAUAAUUUUUGCAGUAAAGCGAACGAUGGAUUUUAUUUGG